UGUAGGGCUUGAAGGGAUGUGAGGAGAUCAUCUUGUCAGUCUCAGCCCUUCUCUGACACGGAAGGACUCAAAGCCCUGGAGGAAGGUUGCAGACCGUGUGACUGGCUGGAGACCGCGGGUGCAGUGACCAGGAACAUCAGAGCAUGAGUUCUAAGUCAAAAUCCAUAGGGGUCAUCGGAGCUCCUUUCUCAAAGGGACAGCCGCGAGGAGGAGUGGAAGAAGGCCCCAAAGUGCUGAGAAAGGCUGGCCUGCUUGAGAAGCUUAAAGAACAAGAGUGUGAUGUGAAAGAUUAUGGGGACCUGCCCUUUGCUGAUGUCCCUAAUGACAGUCCAUUUCAAAUUGUGAAGAAUCCAAGGUCUGUGGGAAAAGCGAAUGAGCAGCUGGCUGGCGUGGUGGCAGAAGCCAAGAAAAACGGAAGGGUCAGCGUGGUGCUGGGUGGCGACCACAGUUUAGCGAUUGGGAGCAUCUCUGGCCAUGCCAGGGUCCACCCGGAUCUCUGUGUCAUUUGGGUGGACGCUCACACUGAUAUCAACACUCCACAGACAACCUCAAGUGGGAACUUGCAUGGACAGCCUGUGUCUUUCCUCCUGAAGGAACUAAAGGGGAAGAUCCCUGAUGUACCAGGAUUCUCCUGGGUGACACCCUGCAUAACUGCCAAAGAUAUUGUGUAUAUUGGCCUGAGAGAUGUGGACCCUGGGGAACACUACCUUUUGAAAACUCUCGGUAUUAAAUACUUUUCAAUGACUGAAGUGGACAAGCUGGGAAUUGGCAAGGUGAUGGAAGAAACAUUCAGUUAUCUACUAGGAAGAAAGAAAAGGCCAAUUCAUCUGAGCUAUGAUGUUGAUGGAUUGGACCCAUCUGUCACACCAGCUACUGGCACACCAGUCAUCGGGGGUCUGACUUACAGAGAAGGUCUCUACAUUACAGAAGAAAUUUUCAAAACAGGACUACUGUCAGGAUUAGACAUAAUGGAAGUGAAUCCAUCUCUGGGGAAGACACCAGAGGAAGUAACUCGAACAGUCAACACAGCAGUAGCAAUAACCUUGUCUUGUUUUGGAGUUGCUCGAGAGGGUAACCAUAAGCCUAUUGACUACCUUAACCCACCUAAGUAAAUGUGGAAACAUUAUGUGAAAAUCUCACAGCUUAUAACUUAGCAAAUCUAAUAAUUUACUUAAGCUAACGGCUAUCCUCUUAUAGAUUUUGUGUUUACCUGAGGAAAUAUUAGUACAAUUAGUAUAAACUGCAUCAAUUCCCUCUGGCUGUGAAAGAUUUGGAAAUUCAAGUUUUUGUAAAUUUAAAAAGCUUAUAUUUCCCAUUUUGGCAAAAGACUUAUCCUUAGAAAUGGAAGUACAUAUUAAUUUCCAAAUAGAAAUUUGCUGGCAUUAAAAAUAAACACACUCCCAGAAGAUAGUGGCAAGAAAUAUUCUAAGUGAUGGAAAG